UGCUUCGUUGAUUCCUGCAAAUCUUACAGAGAAUGAAUAUCUACAAAUGCUUCAACCAAACGGCGACGAUCAAUGUUCUAUAUAUAACAAUAGCUUCACUGGGACAUAUUAUACAACACCACCAAGUAAUUCAUCUGAACUACAGUGUUCUUAUGGACGGAAAUUUCUGACGGAAAAGUUUUCUACGGUUGUGAGUGAGUUUGAUUUGGUAUGUGAGAGAAAAUGGUUAAAAUCCACUUUGCAGUCAGUUUAUUUUGCUGGUUAUCUUGUUGGUUCAAUUGUAUUUGGGGCCUUAUCAGACAGAUUUGGUCGGAGACCCAUUAUAUUAUUGGCAAACAUAUGCCUAGUCGUCAGUGGAGUUAUCAAAAUCUUUGUACCAUCUUUGAUUAUUUUUCUCGUUCUCCUUUGGAUUCAAGCUGCCGGACAUACUGGCAGUUUUCUUAUCGCUUUCGCACUGACUGUGGAAUCUACACCUUCAAAAAUACGUACUCCUAUUAACUUUUGGUACAUGUCAUUGUAUCCAUCAGGGGUAAUAUUCGUAGUAGCGUUCGCCUAUGCUAUAUCCAACUGGCAUUAUUUAGAAUUGGCAGGGUGUCUCCUGCCUGUAAUCAACUGUUUCAUUUGGAUGUUUCUCCCUGAAUCUCCCCGAUGGCUGAUUGGCAGGAAACGGUUUACAGAAGCAAAAGCACUUUUUCGAAAAAUAAUGAAGAAAAAUAAAAAGGAAAAUCUGAAGAUGUUAGACAUUUUUACAAAUAACGCAGAAGAGACUUCAUUCAAGAAUAGUUUGCAAGAAAAUAUAUCCGAGGGAAAAGAUUUACCCAAAGUAAAGAAUUAUACUUUUAUUGACCUAUUUAAAUCAUGGUGGAUUGCAUUAAUCACACUUAAUAUUUGCUUCUGCUGGAUGGUCUGCAGUAUGUUAUACUACGGUGUACUCCUUAAUUCUGUUGAUAUGGCUGGAAACCGCUACAUAAACUUCCUUUUGAUGCAAAUUGCGGACUUACCUGCAAACUUCUUUGCUCAUUAUUUGCUUAACCAUUUUGACCAUCGCAAGUCAACUAGUUUAUUUUUGAUGUUUAGUGGAUUAAAUUGCAUUGUGUCAAAUUUUGUAACCAAAGGUUCAUCCUGGUUUCCUCUGAUCCUGGUUGUUCUGGGAAAGUUAGGCAUCUCUGCAGCGUUUGGUUCAAUUUAUCUUUUAUCGGCAGAAAUAUUUCCAACAGUUGUUAGAACAAACAGUUUAGGUGUUGCGUCAAUGUGUGCCAGGAUCAGUGGAAUAUGCGCACCCUUUAUACUUCUGCUCUCAUCCUAUGUCAGAUGGCUUCCUCUAAGUAUCUAUGGCGCCCUUUCUGUUAUAUCCGGCAUGUUGUUGCUCUUACUGCCAAAAACAAAUGAUAAAGACUUGCCCCAAAACUUUGAAGAUUUGGACAAUUUGAAGACUUGAUGUAGUGUAACCCAGCCAUGCGCGGAAGUUACUUUUCUUAAAUUAUUCGUCAACUAAAAAAUGCCUCUUUUUUGUUUUCUUUUUUUACAAAAUGUAUCUUUUGUUUUCUUUUUUACAUUUCUGUUUUUCUACACGACCUAACUUAUAUUAUUGACAGAUAGUUUACAUUUCCAAGGUACCACACCAAAACCUCAUUCGCUGGUACCUUCGAGA